AUGUCAGCCAAACAAUCGACUUUUCUCGUUUUCGGUGCUUCGGGCGGUACGGGCAAACACUUUCUCACUCAGGCUCUAUCAAGCGGACAUAAAGUCCGUGCUCUCGUUCGGACUCCUUCAAAGCUCGCUGAAGUCCAACCGAAUGGUAAUCUCGAAAUCGUGGAAGGUAGCAUAACCGAUCCCUCCUCUUUCGACAUGGACGCCCUUAUCUCUGACGUCGAUUACGUCGCGCUUAUGCUGGGCGACAAACAAGCUCAAGCGACAUCUAAAAUAAACACCACAUUCGUCAAGGUACUUGUACCCUCCAUGCGCAAGCACGGAGUCAAACGGAUCCUCUACCAGUCAGGCGGGCUUACACGACCUCAUGGUGGUAGUCUAAGUGUCAUACUGUGGCUAUUACGAUACACCAUCGCUAGUGGCUUCGAGGGCCAACAUCAAGAUAAUGAAUCUGUCCACGAGUAUUUCGUGACAGAAGCGAAUGACAUGGAAUGGAUCAUACACCGAGCGGGGAUAUCAGGUGACACGGCGUCAAAGGGCACAUUGGAAAGAUCGCCGACUACAUUCAGCAUUGCGAAUCAUGUGGAUUGUGCCAGAUACAACUACCGAACGGUCAUGGAUGAUCAGGCCGUACGCACAUGCGAGUUCAGCAAGUACGCAAAGUGA